AUGACGACCGACGAGCUUAGCAACGAAUUAGAGUACCCAUCACUAUACCUUGAUACCAGCGAUCCAUUCCCUUAUAGGGAGGUGAGUCUGAGCCGGCCUGUUUUGGAUUCGGAAUCAGAAGUGAUCCCUUCGUCUCCUUCUUUUGUGCUUGGCAGGGCCAGCCGCAGCAGGGCGCACUCGAACCGCAAAUUGGGCCCAGACACGCUGUUCUUUGACGAGGCAGCCAUCAGUGCGAGCCAUAUUCUUGGAUUUGCGUCUCCCGUGCACGACGAGGAGCUAUUGGGGCUGUAUGUUAGGGACGUUUCCCAACACGGGUCUUAUGUUUUGGCCCACAAGAGACAAGAACCUCUCAAGUUGGAACCGGAUGAAAACGUAAUCAUCAGAAACGGUGACAUUUUGUUUCUGGUGGUGACAGACGUGCCUAGUCCCUCUGACGUGUUCAGCCUGUUCCGUUCCACCAAGGUGCAGUUCCAGGUGGCCACAGACUACAAGUCGCGGCUGUGUUUGGUGAGACUGAACAGGGACGCCUUUUUGGACCUUGAGAACUUCCUUGUGGACGACGCUGACGUUUGGAACCACAUGCCGUCCAGCGAGGACAUGUCGCUGGACCAUUACGGGGGCGAGCCGUACGAAGCAGAGCUGGGCAAGUUCCGCGAACUGGUCCAAUGCGAAAACGACUCGCUAGACCGGUUCGUGUACGACGCCAAGGACUGGAAAGAGUGGCACUUCGUCAGAGACGACUACAUCGGCUGGAAAGACCCGGGAAUGGAGUGUUGGACCGACUCUGACGAGGUCUACACCGAUUCGGACAGCGAAGAAACCCCUAGCGAGGACCAGAUAAACAAUAAGAUGGAGGACAUGUUUGACGACGACAAUUACGAUCUGCUCAGUUCGAACGGAACCGAGUCUGACUCUGCACCCGAAGAGGAGAUAAUCUUUAGAGAGCUUGUGAAGGACGACUUUGCGCCCGAGUCCGAGUCGGAAUCGGACCAGUCCGAGACAGAGUCGGUCGGUUGCCAGAGCAGAAAGAGAUCCUGUUCCGAUUGCAUCACAAUCUACGAGAUCGAAGCUCCUUCCAAGAGGGUCAAGCCUUCUGAGCCCAAGCAAUCUUCUCCGUUCCAGGCAAAAACGUUCCUGGCCGGAUUGGUGUUUGGCUCGGUCGCCACGGUUGGUGCCCUUAGUGCGCUGGGCGCUUAUAUUGAAUGA